GGAGGAGGAGGGGGGUUUGAGUGGGGUUGGAAGGAAGCGUGGAGGGGCGGCGAUGGUGAGCAGGGGGCAGUGGAGGCGAUCCCUGGGGAACGUGCGGUCGUUCGUGGGGAACGCGACGGGUGGGCUGAGAGGGUGGCCCAACGUGGCCUCGUGGGCCGUCGCCGGCACCCUCGCCUACUUCCUCUGGGUCAAGCCCGCCCAAGACCUCAAGAAGGAGCAGCAGGAGAGAGCAGCUUUAGCCGCAGCCUCAGAUCCGUAUCGCUAUAUUGAGAAAAGAAAACCAAUUCCUGAUCCUCAGGAAACUGGUCUGAUAUAUGGAAAGAGAAAGGAACCCAAGAAUGAUGAGAAUUGAUUAGCUUCACUUACCCGAUGUGUAGAAAUGGUUUUAUGCUGCUUUUGCAUCACUUGGACAGCUGAUUUCUGUCACUCGUGGCUUGCAUGGUAUAUGCUUUAUUGUUUUCUCGCUUUUGCCAUUACUGAGCUUGAAGCUCAAAACAAGCUGCAGAUGAUGGGUAAUGCUACACGUGGUCCUCCACAAUCUUCCAGUAAUUCAAUAAAAACGUGUUGUACAAAGAUAUAUACAUCUCAGCAUACUUCACCAUCACUUAAAGUGUUUGUUUCUCCUCUUUUUCUUUUUUUGUUUCUUGUGUCUUUUUGGUCCUUUGAAUUUGUAUGGACCUACGUUAACUGCUAAAAUUUUCUAGAUACUGUCUUUAAGGCCGUGCACAUAUUGAUUCAGUCUCUAGACGACAGCUUAUCAUGUCUGUAACUUUUCUUUUUAUUUGCUUAUCCUUUUAUCAAUCUUCUGGCCUACAUGCCACAUGUUGGCGGCGUUUACAAGAUUAGUAGUUCAUCAAAAUACUUUCGCCAAGUAGCCAUACGCUGUGAAACUCUGAAAUCUGGCAUGGUUUAGUUGCCAGGAUGAGGAUGAGGAUGAGGAUGUGGUGACCCUCUAUUGCUUUUCUUUUUUCCGGCCUCACCUGUACCUUGUUAUGACCUUUGCAGUUUCAUGCCAAAAAA